AUGUUCUGGUCAACGUGGAGAUGUCGCCAGACCAUUACAGCCGUUGAAUCUGAUGCUUACAAGAGUAGCUUGGUAAAGGAUGGGAAUUUAGUCCUGGGCCGGAAUCAAGGGUUUUUGGAGGUUUACAAAAUCGGGUCAAAUUUACGGAAACGCAUUGAGUUUCGCAGCCACUCACCUUGUUUUGACUAUCUAAGAAGUGCAGAAAUAGCCGAGUCGGUAGAUGCAAUUGGAAUGCUUCCUUCAGGUAAUAAGGAGAUUUUAGUGCUAAGUAGCAAUGCUAAAACAGUUAAGCUAUGGAACAUUCAUUCAACUUACCUGAGACAGACGGAACCGUCGGCCGUGGUGGAGUGCUGCUCUGAUAUUUCAUCGUGUGAUGCAGGAGGUGAAGAAAGAGAGCGGCGCAAGGAUAACAGCCGUGAACGGCUUAGUCGUAUUUUCUUAAGAGAGACCCGAAAGAAGCACUCGGUUGCUUUAGAAGCACAGGUUAGUCCGGAAAAUACCUAUAGUUUGCAUAGUCUUUCGGUGGCGGCCAAUGGAGAAAGUUUCUUGGUGGCCGAUGAGUUAGCGAUUAAUAUAUUUAGUUCCCGUUUAGAGCCGCUCUGGAAGACUGUUAAUCUAAAGCCAGCGAAUAACGAAGAGAUAAGCAAAGUUAUCUGUACGGCGAAGUUUGUCGAUCGGUCUAGCCAUUUGUUUGUUUAUGGAGCCAGUAAUGGGUCCGUGGAGAUUCGUGAUUUAAGGGAAUGCACCAAAUCUAUGCCAGCGGUUGAAAUAUGCCCGCAGAGAAGUCAUGAUUUCUAUGGGGAGAUAAUUAGGCCGGUGUCGGAUAUUCAGUUUAUUAAUGAUCAUGUGUUUGCGGCGCGGAAUCUCUUAGCUGUACAGAUACACGAUAUAAGGGCGCCCCAUGGAUCUGUACUGGAGCACGAUGUGCUGCCUUUGGCGCGGAAGAAAGUAUCUGAUCUGUACGAUUCUGAUGAGAUCUUUACUAAGUUUAAGCUAGGCGUGGUUGGCAAUAAGGUUUAUACGGGGUCUUUUAAUACGGGAGUGGCUGUGCUGGAUAUCAAGGACGGCACAAUUACUCGGUCAUUCUUAGAAGCAGAAAUGGAAGAGGCAACUCGGAUUGUCGAUAGGAAGAAAAUUACUUGUGUCUCAGCCGAGGAAGACUGCUUAGUGGCCACCAUGAAUAACCAAUGCUAUAUAUUCCGUCAAGAUAGCAGUCCCGGUCAUCAAUCCGAAGCUGAGUCCGAUGAAACUUCAAGUCUAGAUGAUUAUAACGAUUUGGAGGAUAGCAUGCUUAGCACCGAAACCAAUUAA